CAUGAGUGCGUCUGGCACUGUGAGGCUACCCACCAUCCACCAGGCAGGUCUUUGGAGCUCUAGCGUGUUUAAUACAAAGGUCUUACAAGUCUUCAAGUGACCUUUAACAUUUUCGACUGACCUUGACACUAAAGGCUUUCGAAUACUCUUUUCGUGCAACGGAUUUGUGUUAAAGGUUAAUAUUUUCGUUCAUCGGUGGUGGACACGGAGUGAUUUACAUACGUGGACAUGCAAAUUUGAAGACAUCUGGAAUACAUACUGACCAUUCUCUGUGAAACAUGAAGGUCUUAGUAGCUUGGAUGUGCCUUGUAUUGGUCCUCGUGAUCAACGCUAUAGGGAGCCCUCUGCCUGGAUCCUGCCGAAUCUGUCAAAAAAGGGGUAUGUGUAAACCUCCAGACUGCAUGUGUUGCGGGGAUAGAAUGCCCUUUCCUAGGAAGAAGACGCCCCAAAUGGUCUAUUUUACCUUCGACGACGCUGUUGCCAGUCAAAUUAUUCCUUAUUACAAGAAAUUAUUUCCACCAGAUAGGUACAAUCCAAACGGUUGUCCUAUAGCCAUGACAUUGUUUGUGUCAGAUAAAGAUACAAUAUAUUCCCAAGUAAAAGACUUUUACGACCACGGAAUGGAGAUUGGAGUUCACAGCGUAACCCACGAUCAUCUUACACCAGAAACGUUUGCUCAGGAAGCUCAAGGCCAAAAAGAUAAACUAGUAGAUGCAGGAAUACCUGAAAAGUCCAUCACAGGUUGGAGGAGCCCAUAUCUAGAAGUUGAAGGUAAUACCCAGUUUCAGAAUCUAACUGAUCUAGGAUUUAAAUAUGAUGCAACGCUUUCUACAGCACAAACGGAUGGCCAUGGGAAAUCAUUUCCUAUACCGUUUACACUGGAUUAUGGUUGGCCUUUCAGUUGUAGGAUUAAUGAUUGCCCAACCAAGCCUCACAAAGGAUUCUGGGAGGUUCCGGUUGUAGAACUGCGCAUGACUCACGAUCGACCAUGUGUCUAUGUCGAUGCAUGUCCCAUACCAUGGGGCAACCAAUCAGCUGCUUCAGAGCUGCUGUGGCAUAAUUUCAACCGCUACUAUGAAGGUAACCGUGCCCCACUUGGAUUCAAUAUGCAUGCUGGCUGGUUUUAUGAUUCAACCAGACUGAAAGCGAUGGACCAGUUUAUCAAAGCUUUGUCGCAGAAAGAUGAUGUCUACAUUCUUACUGUCAGCCAAGUUAUUGAAUGGCUUAAGAACCCAACUCCGCUUGAUGCUAUUAAGUACUUUGACCCUUGGGGUUGUGCCCGCAGUAGAAAAACAAUGUUUCAAGAAGGCAUACCAGUACGGAAGGAUGUGCAUCAUCAUCCCCACCUUCAUCGGAGAGUAUCUCAACCAUGGUUACAACAGCAUCGUGAUACUGUUCAAGAGCAGCAACAGGUAGCAAACAAAGAAAUUGAUACCAAACCUCAAGACACGCGAUCGAACGCACAUUCUUCAUCGUGGUGGCAGAGUCAUAGCUGGUUGUUUGAACGUAAAGGUCAACCAGGAAAUGUAGUGGAUCAGAAUACUGAUAAUGCUCCAAAAGCCAAACCUUCUGUAGAACCACAUCGUAAUAUUGUGUAUACUAUCAAAAGGAAGCCACAGGUGGAGCCAAGAAGUGAUACUACACAAGCAGAUGCACCUACACCUAAACCUCGAACAGAGCGAGCAAAACCUUUACAGGCUGAGAUGGAUAGCCACUCGUCUAUUUUAUGGACAAUAGGAUCGAAGGUGCCUGAUACAAGAGGCAGUGUACCCAGUGUCAGCAAUGAGGGGAGGGCAAUGAAAGUUCUUUUUGAACCUGAUUUGCAACAUAGGCAAAUGCCACAACAUCCGACAACUACACCAAAGCCUCAUGUACCCAAAACAAAGUCAAGAUUCCCUACACCAGAACAAGCUUUAACAAGAACUUUCCCUAGAUCGAACAUCCGAUCAGAUACAAAACUUUUUUCCAUUAAUGAACGUAUGCCAUCUGGUUUUCCUCCGGAGACACCUCUUUCUAUUGUACCUGAAAAUAUUAAGAUUAAUUCAGCAUCAACACAGGAAGUGCCUCAGCAAAUAGAACAAAACAAGCAGGGGAUCAAACUAGGACCAUCCCAAGAGCCACCAGGCUCUGCCAGCUUCAAACAGAGCAUAGAGGCUCAAUACCUGACCCAGAAAGAGAAAUUGGCAAGGCUUAAGGAACAGCUGGAUGGUUUGCAUUCUAAAUAUAUUGAUGACUCACAUGCUCAAAGCUCUCUACCUGCAAAAACAAUUCCACCAUCAUCUCCACAGACACAAGUUGAACCUAAGCGACACAUUCCAUCACCAGGUGAGAAACGUCGUGAUCAGUCUCGGCCCCGAACAUCAGAAACAGGAAGAGACUGGCAGGGACGUGACUCUUCUAUCAAUGAUCAAGCACGCCUGGAUAAAGACUAUAAUAUCCUUGAUUUUAUCGAGCCUCAAAGAAGUCAAAGCAACCGACCAUCGCAUAAAAAGCCUUCCGAUAUUCCAGAAUUCAUAUUUGAACCCAUGAAGAAAAAGAAAUCUACACCUGAAAGACGGAUUCCUAAAUCAAGCAGCCAUGACAUGUCAGUGAUGGAUAGAUCUCAAAACAAUAGACCAGAUGUCCCAGUGCCAGGCUCUGAUACAAACAUACAAACAACUAUAGCUCGCCAGACUGUUGAUCCAUGGUCAAAUCCAAGCAGGUUCGGUCAGCCUAGGGACUUUAAUGCUGCAUUCAAUGACAGUCCCAAAUCAACCUUGCCCCCAGAAAGGCCGGUGGAGGAACUUCCAUUCCUUCCUGAUCAUUUAGUUGAUCAUCCACGACCAGGUGUUACAGCGACACAGGACCCUCCUCAAACAUCCAGUUCCCAUAACACUAACAAGAUGACCUUUAGGUUCGGACCAAUGGAACCUGAAAACAACUUUGCUCCUGUUUCUGGUGUUCCUCAACCAGCACAGCCACCUAACACUAGAGUGCAGGAACCCUCUCAAACACACAGUUCUCUCAGUGCUGACAAGAUGACCUUUAGAUUUGGGCCGUUAGAGCCUGAAAUGAAGCAAGCAUCUCCUCCCGAUUACCCUCCGCCACCAGCGCAUUCUAAACUUCCAUUCCUUCCUGACCAUUUAACUGAUUACCCUCCACCACCUGACACUAGAGUACAGGAACCCUCUCAAACACACAGUUCUCUCAGUGCUGACAAGAUGACCUUUAGAUUUGGGCCGUUAGAGCCUGAAAUGAAGCAAGCAUCUCCUCCCGAUUACCCUCCGCCACCAGCGCAAUCUAAACUUCCAUUCCUUCCUGACCAUUUAACUGAUUACCCUCCACCACCUGACACUAGGGUACAGGAACCCUCUCAAACACACAGUUCUCUCAGUGCUGACAAGAUGACCUUUAGAUUCGGGCCGUUAGAGCCUGAAAUGAAGCAAGCAUCUCCUUCUGAUUACCCUCCGCCACCAGCGCAAUCUAAACUUCCAUUCCUUCCUGACCAUUUAACUGAUAACCCUCCACCACCUGAUACGAGAGUACAGGCCCCCGUAUCACAACGCAAACAACCUGCUGCUCCAGCUGUUCCACAAAUAGUAUUUAGAUUUGGGAAUCCAAAUGAUCACAAACCCGCCCCUGCAAAUAUUCCAUCAAGAAAUCUUGAAGAAGAAGCAAGACAACGGGAAAAGAUGGAAUCUUGGUUGAAACAGAAACAGCAAGCAGCAGAACCAGCACAGGGCGUUCGUUUGGUAGAUACAGCAACUACAUCUGUUAGUGGUGCAGUUAGUGAACAGGGAGGAAUAUUAGAAAUGCUGUCUAAAAUAAAAGCUUCAAAACCAUCUCCCAACCAUCAACCGGAGUUACCACCUGACAAUUUUGCAACCCAACCUCCAGAUCCAUUUGAUCCCAUCCUGCAUUUCCGCGAGACCAAUCCACCACAGCCACCACCAACCCAACCGCCGUCAGCAGCUGCUUCACCGUUGGACAGAUUCAUGAAGAUUGGAUCUUUAUCAAAUAUAAACUUUGGCAAACCUAGUACCCAUGGAGAACCUAGUAGAUUAGAUACAGACACAACACCAAACCAAUCGGGAGACUUUAGCAAAAAACUGUCAGCAUUCUUCUCCUCUCAACAUUUGACUGAGAAGCGUCCAGUUGCACCAAUCAGCCCUGAUCCACAACGUCAAGAAAUUGUCAGUGUCGAAAAACCAAUUGGAGGACGCCAACCACACACUGAACCACUAAGUCCCGAUCCCUUUGUAGAUUCUCUAACUUUCAUCAACACAUCAGGGAAUGAGCAAAUGCCUCCAGUAGACGCUCUUACUGCCAAUCAAAACCACGGACUUCUUCCUCCUGUUCCCUACAACCCUCCAGUCACUAGUCCUACUGUAUCCCCCGACUCAUACACAACCGAGCCUCCAUAUGGUGUCUGUCAGCAGGAUAUCAACUGUUUCCUCCCUGACUGCCUGUGCAAAUCUGUCGAAAUUCCAGGCGGUCUUUAUGGACCAAAAACGCCUCAAAUUGUAUACAUCGUCAUGGAUGGAAAUGUGAACACGUAUAUGGAACCUAAAAUCAAGUCCAUAUUUGACGGAACUAGGAGGAAUCCUAAUGGAUGUCAUAUAUCAGGAACACUGUUCCUGUCUCAUAAGUAUUCCAACUACACCAUUGUCAAGUCAUUGAGCAGUAUCGGAGUGGAGAUUGCCCUUGCAGGGAUGCAACCAAUAAACAACGAGAAUGUUUCCCUCUUAAAGCAGGACAUUGAUAACCAGUUGCACAACCUGGCUCAGUAUGGAGUUGAUCCAGGGGAAGUCUCUGGCUGGAGUAGUCCUGGUCUGAACCCGAAAGGUGAUGAACAAUUCCGUAUCCUGAACAGAAAGAGAUUCUAUGACUCGACUCUUCUAACUGUUGACUCCGACCAGAAACUCCUCUGGCCCUUCACCCUCGAUUAUAGCUGGGGUGAACCGUGCCUUAUUGAAACCUGCCCUAAACAGCCUCACCAUGGCAUGUGGGAGGUCCCGAUCAUUCCACUCAGACUAGACCAGACCAACGCCACCUGCAAAUACGCUGAUAGUUGCACGCUUCAGCAGAUGACCGUUCUUGAGACCAAGGAUUACCUUUGGGACAACUUCAAGCGAUAUUACAACAGCAACAAAGCCCCAUUUGGCAUCCGCAUCCAUCAGUUCUGGUUCCAUACCCACUUUGCCGACAGCUUACAAGGACUUACAGAGUUCCUGGAUGAGAUCUUACAGUUGAAUGAUGUGUACAUAACGUCAGUUGACAAGAUGUUGGACUGGCUACAACAACCCACACCUCUCUCUGACCUACACCAAUUUCCGUUUUGGAUGUGCUGAUGGUGGUAUUACAGGAGCUGUUCAUGAUAUUGGGUGUUAUAUGCUCUACUGUACUCGAGCUCCAUCUCAUUAAGGGUAAUUUGACUGGUAAAACCUGAACUGUUCAAGUGCGACCUAAGGCGGUGAGUUGCGGACGUUUUAAUUAUGUGUGAUGCUUUUUCGAGGUCCCUCUGGGACAAUUUUGGGUUGAAGGAGCGUCUACUCUGGAGGUUGGCUUCAUCAUGGUUUGAGAAUAAUCUGUGACUUUUCUUCAAGUAAACUGGCUAUAAAGGUAUCUUGUUUA